AUGGCGCAAGAAACGUCUACAUCUGUCCCAUCCGCGCGAGCCUGUGAUCGAUGCAGAGAGCGGCGUGUCAAGUGUGACAAACGUCAGCCAACAUGCCUCCGCUGCGAGAAGCUUGGCAGACCAUGUCCAGGAUAUGACAAGAAGCGGAAGUUCGUUGACGAAGGUGUCACUCUUCGAAAGAAGUACCAACCUUCGUCUGACAUGCCACCAGGGGGUGAAUCAUCUUUCUCCCUCCAGUUCCUUCAACCAGGCGUGCACGGAGCCGAUGGAGCACAGAGUCAAGAUCCAUCACCUGCCAAUGUCACUGGAGAGCCGGCUGCGAAGAGCGGAACUUCCUCGAGCCAAGCAACUGCCAUCACGACGACGACUCUACCACCGGACAGAUUCAACAGCCUGCAGUCGAUACCUCUUGGCCUGGGUGGCGCCUUGAACACUGGCUUGCCCAUGGUACUUGACCCAACUACAGAGGCACUCCUCGUGAACGAUGGUCCAAUGCAGAUUCCUCUCACGGAUACGCAUCCAACGCUGGACGACCUUUGGAAGAACGAAGCAUUUGAUCCCGAGUUCUUUGACCUGGAACCAGAUGUGUAUUAUGCCACCGCCGGCAACACAUGCGGUUUCCUGCCCGACAUCCCUGAGAUAGUAGACGAGGUCGAUCAGAGCGACAUGUUGCUGAACAACUCGGCAUCAGCAACACCAGGGUCGACAGGCUUUGCUUCAACUGGCCUCUUCUCUGGCGACGAUGCCUUGAGCAACUUCUGGGCGCCGGAAUCACAACUGAAUACGAGCGCAAAGAUCACACAUGAGCGAGAGCAUGAGAUGGCGUUUCUGAUACGGCAUUUCACCGAUUCAAUAGGGCCAUGGUUGGACCUCUUCGACCAGGACAAGCACUUCACCCAUCUCGUGCCACUGAAGGCGAUUCGAGAUGCGUUGCUGAGAAACGCCAUUGCCGCCGUGGCAGCCAAGCAGCUUGGUCGAGUGAGAGGGCAGAGGCCGUUUGCGAGCCAGCAAAUGCAAAGGCCAUCAGCCAUGGAGAGCUUCGAUGAUCAUGAAGUAGACUGGUUCUACAAGGCGGCGAAUUACUACGACAAAGCCAUUGCCUUCUCACGGCAAUACCUACAGGCAGUUUCGGGCGGUCUGAGUGAUCCUCCAUCACCAAAUGCCCAAGCGGCGUUGUCGAUGGCCAACUCGGAUGACCUACUUGUAGCAGUCUCGAUCUUCUCACUGUACGAGUCGCUGGAUAAUGUCGAGACUGGUUGGAUGCAACAUCUGAUCGGGCUGAAGUCCUUACUGACGGCCGUCAGCCCAUCUCAACAAGUGCAAAACCAAGCAGUUCCAUCGCUGACAGUAGGACGACUCGCAUCCUUCUGGAACUUCGCACGAGCAGACUACCAGGCAGCAUACAUCAAGCACAAAAAGACCCUUCUCGACACUAACGAUGUCGCACUCUGGAACAGCUGCGGUCUCGAGAUCCAGCACGAUGGUGCCCUCUACAAAUCAACCGAUUACGUUAGGAACGACCCGACACAUAGUCGUGUGCUGGCCGAACUUGUCGCUCAUACUCUCCUAUGGCUCGUCCUGCGGGUCAUGAACUACAUCGCCAACGACGAUGAUUCAUCCGCAGCGCGCCAAGGGCAAUGGGACCAAUUGACAAGGCAGCUCGAUCACUGGUACGGUAAUCUUCCGGCUACAUAUCAGCCUUGUGCGACAAUACGGCAUCGAUCCAUACCACCGACCACGUCGCAACUCGUGGAGAGCUUCUUCAGCAUCGACGUCUGCGCCGCUGCACUGCAGCUCUACCACUUCGCAAGAAUCCUUCUGCUUCUUCACAGACCGAUGAGCAGACAAAAUGUCUUUGGUGGUAAUCGAUUGAAACAAUAUAGGGAGGUGUCGAACGAAGCCAUCAAGCAUGCGCACGAGAUCAUCGGGAUUGCACUAGGGAGGCCGCAUCCCGCGAUCAGGGUGGAGAUGCUUCUGCCGUUGACUGUUGCGGGCGCGUGUUUGGAAGAGAACGAGGAGAGAAAGGUCGUGAUUGAACUUCUGCGAGCGAUAGAGAAGGAUACAGGAUGCGCAACGGAGUCACGGUGUCAGCAAUUGGUGAUUGAUUGGGGUUGGGGUACGGAGCCGGAAGGCAUUACAUAA